AUGUUGUCUGGUUGGAGCACUGCUGGUAGAAAAGCAUGCCCGUACUGCAUGGAAAACACCGAUGCAUUCACACUGGAUAAAAGCGGUAAACAAUCGUGGUUUGAUUGCCAUCGCAAGUUUUUGCCUCCGAAUCACCAAUUCCGUCGAAAUGUUACUGAUUUCCGUAAGGGGAAACGAGAGGCAUUUGAGCCUGGUGCGAAAGUUACUAAUGCAUUACUGCCAAAAGAUCAUGGGUGGAAUAAAAAAAGUAUCUUUUGGGAUUUGCCUUAUUGGAGAACGAAUGUAAUACGUCACAAUCUCGAUGUCAUGCACAUUGAGAAAAAUGUCUUCGAUAACAUUUUUAAUACCGUUCUCAAUGUCCCCGGGAAAACAAAAGACCAUGCAAAAUCUCGUGAAGAGUUGAACGACAUCUGUGAUCGGCCAGGGUUAGCUAAAGAUCCGGCAACUGGGAGAUUUCCAAAGGCAAUGUAUGCUUUGGAUAGGGAUUCAAAACGAGUUUUGCUUGAGUGGAUUCAGAAAAUAAAGUUUCCAGACGGGUACGCGUCAUACUUGUCUAGAUGUGUUGAUCUAAAGGGGCUGAAAAUGCAUGGAAUGAAAAGUCAUGACUGCCAUGUUUUUAUGCAACGAAUUCUGCCAAUCGCUCUUCGGGAGCUACUUCCGAAAAAUGUGUGGGAGCCUCUAACAGAGUUAAGUAUCUUCUUCAGGGAGUUAACUUCCACGUCACUGUCAAAGGAAGAUCUAAACCGUAUGGAAACUGAGAUCCCAAAAAUCAUGUGUAAGUUGGAACGUAUAUUUCCACCCAGCUUUUUUGACUCUAUGGAGCAUCUUCCCGUGCAUCUUCCGUAUGAAGCUAUGAUGGCAGGACCGGUUCAGUAUCGCUGGAUGUAUCCAUUUGAAAGAUAUUUGAGGAAAUUGAAAAAAAAGGUCACUAAUAAAGGCAGGGUCGAAGGGAGCAUUAGUAGUGGAUAUCUGCAAGAAGAAAUCGCUAAAUUUGCAUCCUAUUAUUUUGCUGAAGGCGAUCCGAUGUUACCCGUGCGUUUGGGAAGAAAUGAAACUUGUGAUAUGGAUAUCGAUGAAGAUGCCGACAUAUUGGGAAUUUUUAAACCUAAGGGAAAGCUGUUGCGUGGUAGCGGCAGGAGAUAUCUUGAAGACGAUGAGAUCAUCGCUGCUCGGACCUAUGUUCUUCUGAAUUGUUCCGAAAUCGAAGAUUAUCGAAGGGUUUUUGUGGCCGGAUUGCGCGAAAGGAACAGUGACAUAAGUGAAACAGAAAUUGAAAGAGUGCUUGAAAGUGAUUUCGCCUCUUGGUUCGAACAAUAUGUGAAAGAUCCAACUGUCUGUACUAAUCCGUUUAUUCUGAGUCUCGCAAAGGGACCGUGUAGAAAGGUCACCACAUAUAAGGGAUACUAUGUAAAUGGCUUCAAAUUUCUGACUCAGGAAUAUGGGCAGGAUCAACUUACAAUGAAUAGCGGUGUGUGCGUAAGGGGAACAGAAUAUGUUGAGGGUGAAAAUGACUUUUAUGGAGUGCUAACGGACAUAAUUGAGUUAGAGUAUCCAGCUCUACCAAUGAAGCAGACCGUCAUUUUCAAAUGA